ACGUCAAAAGUCCUCCAUCUCCAUCAAUUCCUGCUUCGGCGAGCGAUUCUGAAAAACUUUUUCGAUUUUCCCACGGCUCGUCUAGGAUUUUCCUGAAGCGAACGAAAAUGCUUUCCCGGGCGGUGCUUUUGUCAGCGGCCAAGCAGCCUGCCGCACUCGUCCUGGCCCGUGGUGCUGCCAGCCAGACCGCGAACCGUCCGCAGCGCCCGGAGCAUGGUGGCAAAGUUCGUCUCGGAUUCCUGCCGGAGGAGUGGUUCACCUUCUUUUACAACAAAACUGGCGUUACGGGUCCGUACGUUUUCGGUGCCGGUAUGCUGACCUACCUUUGCUCCAAGGAAAUCUACGUCAUGGAACACGAAUACUACAACGGUCUCUCGCUGGCCAUUAUGGUUGUGUUUGCCGUCAAGAAGUUCGGUCCGGCCUUGGGCGCCUACCUCGAUAAGGAGGUCGACAAAAUCGAAGACGAAUGGAAGGAAAGCCGCGAUAGCAACAUCCUGCAGCUGACGCAGGCCAUCGAGGAUGAGAAGAAGGAGCAGUGGCGCGCCGAGGGUCAGACGAUGCUGAUGCAGGCGAAGAAGGAAAAUGUGGCGCUACAGCUGGAAGCCGCAUACCGCGAGCGUGCCAUGAACGCUUACCGUGAGGUGAAGAAGCGUCUGGAUUACCAGGUCGAACGCCAAAACGUGGACCGUCGCAUCUCGCAGAAGCACAUGGUUGACUGGAUCGUGAACAAUGUGGUCAAAUCGAUCACGCCCGACCAGGAGAAGGAAAACCUGAACAAGUGCAUUGCUGACCUGGGCGCGUUGGCUGCCAGAUCGAAGUAAAUGCUUUCCUUUUGUUUCCGUUCCGUUUCGGACGGGCGGCUCAUGGUGUGAAGAUUUGUUAGAAUGUGCAACUGAUGAAACCGGAACCUAUCCGCGAGGGUAGACGCCGUUUAUCGAUGUAGCUCCCACAGCAGCGGCAACAGCAGCGUGUACAAGUAAUAAACGAUAUCGAUAUUCGAA